GAAGAAUUCUAUAAAACGUCCCUGAAAUUUGGGCGCUUCCAUGAUGAUAGAGCCUGGGAGGGGACCGCUAAUCAACAAUGGCGAUGAGACGCGCACGGAUGUCGCGACGGCCCACGCACCCUCGGCCACCCACGGAAAGUGGAGGCGGAUGGGAGGUAUCGCUCCCGGCAAGCUACAUGGUCCGAGGAAUUGACACUGAAUGGAGAGUCGUGACCUUGGGAAGGGACCAGACGUUCAUGAUGGUAGAAUGCUUGUGGAGUGGGAUGAGGUUCAACAGGGGACCAGGGGACGACCUGUAUAUCGAUCUAAAGGCCAAUUUCAUCGUAGAGGGCAAUGGGCUGGAUAGGGUAAACAUCACCACCCGACGGGCCAGUGCGGAAAAGAAGCUUAUUCGAGACACGAUAAUGGAAGAGGUUGUUGGGACUGGCGCAGAUCAGGAAGAAACUGAGACCGGGGAACAGGAGAAGGUCUACGGGAAGGCAAGGGAAGAGGAGCCGGUAGACAAGGUUACGACGGCGAAAAAGAAGUUCAGGUACCAAAUCCCGAUCUUGACCUCGCCAGAGAUUGACGGCACCUUGAGCAAGCUGCUGGGUACCAUGGUAUCGAUAUCCUUCCAGACCAUGCUGCAAGCCAGCCCAAGGCUGCUUAAAGGACUCAGGCAGUUGCUAACGCGCAAGCGCGUAGAGGUAGAGGAGGCCCCGGAACCACCGGAGCAAGAGACAGAAGAGGCAGAGGCACCCCAAGGCGUCUCCAACCUCCAAAGGAUCCCUGGGGAUCUGGAGGACUUGGAAAAGGCCUUUGCAGACAUCCGCCUAAGCCUACCAGACCGAGAAGGGGGUGAAGUCAUGCGGGCACCACCCGGGACAAACCUUAGCUUCCAUGCAUUGCCCGUAGGAAAGCUGAAAGUGCUAAUCAGAACCGACUACACAGACGCAUUAGUGAACAGCGGUGCGGAAAUUACCCUCAUACGACGGUACUUUGCAACGAUUACCGGCUGCACCGUAAACAAGGAAGUGAUGGGGAGUAUCCGAGGAGCUGGCGGGGAGAUUCUCUUUCCAGGGUACGUUACGAAAUGCGCAGUCAGGGCGUGGAUCAGGGAAUCAAUCCGGUCCUUCCAGCGGAUGACCAUGAUGGACGAAAUGGAUCAUGACAUAAUUCUCGGGAGGCCGUGGUGCGCCAAUGUAGAGAUGAUAGGUAUGCAUCUGCAUGAUGGCACAUACAUGGUAGACAUAGAGGACCCAGUGACCGGCCGCAGAGAACUCCUCCGACUACUUGGGACCGGAGGCGAUCCGCCGAAAGGCAAAUUGGCAACUUGGUCGCCGACGUUUGAGGAGAGAUACAACCAACUGUCACUCGAUGCGAGGGAUACCGCCAUGCACACACCGGUAGGGCAGUUGCAGAUGCAAGUGACCCCCAUGGGUUUCACAAACGCGGUGGCGGAAGCACAAAGGAUAAUAUUUGCCGUAGCAGGGGACAUGUUCCCGGAGAAAUGCGAGCCAUAUAUAGACGAUAAUCCCCUAAAGGGCGCGCGAGACAAAGAUGAGACGGAGGUUAAGCCGGGCAUACGGAAGUUUAUCUGGGAUCACCUGCAGGAUAUCAAGGAUCUACUCCAGCGGUUUUUGGUUUAUAACAUCACCGCAAGUGGACCAAAGAGCAUUAUGGUCGUCCCGGACGAAACAAUCCUGGGGUUUCGCUGUGGAGCCUAUGGAAGGAAACCCGACCCGGCAAAAACAGAUAAGAUCUUUCGAUGGUCGACGCCCUUGCGCACCACGACGGAAGUGCGAGCCUUCCUAGGCGUUGUCGGGUUCUGGAAGAUCUUUAUCAAGGGAUUCGCAAAGAUAGUUGAGCCUAUCCGCGCGAUGAUUAGGAAAGGAGACACUUUGGAAUGGACCGAGGAUACCGGAGUGGCAGCCCAGACCCUCAAAGACAUCCUGUCUUACGACCAGGUUAUCUUAGCAGCGCCCGGCUUCAAUGACGAAGUAGGACGACCCUUUAUCUUAGCGACAGAUGGGGGACCAUUGGCAGUAGGAGGGGUAUUGAUACAGAAAAGCGAGGAGGGCAAGGAAAGACCGAUCAGAUUUGAGAGUAGGACUUUGAAUUCGGCAGAGCGGCGGUACUCACAGUUCAAGAAAGAGGUCUUAACUAUCCUGCAUUGUCUUAAGACCUUCCAGACAUACCUGUUCGGGAGGCGAUUUAUCCUGAGGAUCGAUCCGACCAACGUUGCUCGGGCACUAAAGAACUACAAACCUAUAGACCCAACCGUCGGGAGGUGGAUAGGCUUCAUAUGGCAAUUCGACUACAAGGUCGAGCGAAUUGCGGGGCUUCGGAAUAGGGCGGAUGGAAUGAGUAGGGUGUGUAUCACGCCGGAAGGAAUAGAGGACGCCGAGUCAAUCGACGCCUUCCUAGAACAUGAAGGAGGGACCCUGGUCGUGGAUAACGAGAUGGUAGGCGCCGCCCCUACAAUGGACCAACUGUUAAUUCAGACUCUAGAAAAGGGCGAGCCCGACGUAGUUGCGGAACUCGGGGAGGGACCGGUCACCACGUUUAGACGCAGGGACGAAAAUGACUCGUGGGGAGCAAUGAUAGGGCCGAAAGAAGAACUGAUGGCAAUGGCCGUUGAAGGGGGACGGGACGCUGUGAUGACCCUAGCACAGACCUGGGCGCAGAGGGAGAGGCAGUACCAAGUGAAUCAGGCUCAGAUGGAACAGGGUACCCACCAGAAGGAACGAGAAUUGGCAUCUUCAGAGAAAUCGGCCUGCUGCUCAUAGGAAAGAAGCAACCAUUGGAAGUCAGCCCCAAGGCAAGGGAGUAAGCCGAAAA